AUGGCUGGUCCACAUGAACCUAGGAGAAAUCCUUCGAUGGUUGCCGAAGAGCGAGCUUUUGCAAACCUAAGCCUACAACCACCCGGAGAUGAUGGAGGCACCCAGGGUGACUUACCGAGUGUGCUGAGUGGAUCCGUCAGCGAGCCACAGAUAUUCGACUCCUCAAAUAUGGAACAAAAUUCCGCAGAUAUUCAGGCUCACAAUGCGGCGGAAGCAAAGCGGGCAAAUGGGGAUCCUGCGGUGUCCAGAUCAUCGGCACGUGGUCUCCGCCCUGCUGGGGUCAGCCAAGCAGGUGUUCUUGGGAUGAUGGGCAUGCUAAUUGCUUCAUACGCCGUCAGCCUCACCACUACCUUCUCCUUAUCAGCAAUAGCUUCUAAUGGAACGGUCCGAGGCGGGGGAGCUUAUUAUCUCAUUUCAAGAUCACUAGGACCCGAAUUUGGAGGGUCAAUUGGGGUUGUCUUCUAUAUGGGGCUUGUCUUCAACACAGGCAUGAAUGCGGUCGGCUUGAUCAACUGCAUCAAAUUAAACUUUGGCUCAAUCUCGGGCAAUUGGUCAAACGUUCUUCCCGAAAGCCAAUGGUACCUAUACCUUUGGUCAUCCAGCGUAUUGGCGUUAUGCAUAAUCAUAUGCCUUCUCGGCUCAGCUAUCUUCGCUCGUGCCGGUAAGGGCUUGCUAGUCAUCCUUUUAAUCUCUACUUUAAGCAUUCCGCUCUCGGCCCUCGUCAUGCCACCAUUCGAAAGUCGGAAAUGGGGUAUCCAGUACACUGGACUGAGCUUGGACACAUUUCUAAGCAAUCUAAAACCCCAACUCACAAAAGGCGCGGCAGGAAGUCAUCUUGAUGGAGUAGAGAAUUUCCAGGAUUUAUUUGGGGUGUUGUUCCCAGCAGCUUCGGGGAUAUUUGCUGGUGCCAGUAUGUCCGGCGAUCUCAAACACCCUAGUAAAGCGAUUCCAAAAGGAACACUCUAUGGCUUGGGUACCACUUUUGUCUUGUAUACCCUCGUCAUUUUCGCUAUGGCUGCGACAACAACGAGAUCAUCCCUUCUCAGGAAUGCCAACGUCAUCCAGGAUAUCAAUAUGUCCGGAGCUGUGAUCCUCGCUGGAGAACUUGCAACAUCAUUCUUUUCCACUUUGAUGGGCGUAAUUAGCUCAUCGAAGCUUUUACAGGCUUUAGCCAGGGACCAACUCCUCCCUGGCCUCUCAAUAUUUGGACAGGGCACGAAGCAAGGGGAUGAACCGACCUAUGCUAUUUUUAUUACCUAUUUCGUGGUCCAGAUCACCAUGCUCUGCGAUCUCAACCAGAUUGCCUCAUUUGUCACAAUGGCCUACCUGAUGACAUUCCUUGUAAUGAACUUGGCUUGCUUUCUAUUGAAAAUCAGUUCCGCGCCAAACUUCCGGCCAUCCUUCCAUUUCUUCAAUUGGCAAACGGCUUUUGCCGGAGCCAUAUGUUCAGGAGCUGCUAUGUUCUUCGUGGACGGGGUGUAUGCCACUGUUUGCGUUGGAAUACUUAUCAUCAUUUUCAUGAUCAUUCAUUACACUGGCCCUCCAAAGAGCUGGGGCGAUGUGUCACAAAGCCUUAUCUAUCACCAAGUUCGAAAGUACUUGCUUCGACUGAAGCAAGAACACGUCAAAUUUUGGCGCCCGCAGAUCCUACUCUUCGUUAAUGACCCCCGUCGACAAUAUCGACUAAUCCAAUUCUGCAACUCGAUGAAGAAAGGCGGGCUUUACAUUCUAGGCCACGUAAUUGUUACGGACGACUUUGGUGGCUCAGUUCCCGAGGCUCGCCGUCAGCAAGCAGCUUGGACAAAGUACAUCGACUUCUCAAAAAUAAAGGCGUUCGUCAAUAUUUCAAUUUCGCCACAAAUUGAGUGGGGCUCUCGAAAUAUUCUCAUGUCUGCCGGGCUUGGAGGAAUGCGUCCGAAUAUUGUAGUAAUGGGCAUGUAUAAUCUGGACGACUUAAGGAGAAGCCAGCCACUCAUUGAUGUCUCCGAGAUACCGAAGGAUACACAAGAUACCCCGGAAGCCCAGCAACUGAGGAAACGGCAUCGUCGCGAGAGUAAGGGUGGAAAUAUGGAGGAAGUUUUACCGACCGAUUCGUGCAAGCCAGAAGGAAUGAUGAGCGUGACAAGUUAUGUCACUGUUCUGGAAGACCUUCUAUGGCGUCUGCAGAUUAACGUGGCUAUUGCGAAAGGCUUUCAAAAUCUAGAGUUCCCUGACAAGAAACGGGAAGGCGCUAAGAAAUAUAUUGACCUUUGGCCGAUUCAAAUGUCUGCGGAGAUUGCUGGGGAGGGUGAUGAUAAGGAAAGUGUUCUCACUACAAAUUUUGACACAUAUACGUUGAUUUUGCAACUUGGAGCGAUAUUGAACACCGUUCCUUCAUGGAAGGCAGCCUAUAAACUUCGAGUUGCCGUAUUUGUAGAAUAUGAAUCUGACGUUCAGGAAGAGCAAGGACGAGUUAAAUCACUCCUCGAGAAAUUACGAAUCGAGGCCGAGGUGGUCGUAUUUUGGCUCGCAUCCGGAAAAUUACCCACUUACGAGGUCGUCGUCAAUGGGACAAAUCCUGGCAAGGAGCAUGAAGAGAGAGUUGAUGAAGCUUUGAAAGGUCAAGAAUGGUGGGAUGAACUGCAGAGCAUGCGCGGUAAACGUGGAGGAAACUCUACGACACAAGAUCUCGCAGAUAUUGCUAGUAUCUUCGCCACUGGGCCUCGGUGGCCAGAAGCAACUUCUCAACAAGGCCCCCAGGAGGACAUGACGCAGCGAUUUCUCGGGCUUCGGAAGUCUUUAAGAAAACGAAAAAGGAGGCUAACUAUGCAGCGCCUAUCAAAAUUAGGCGUCAACCUCGGCAUGCGGACAUCUCAACUUUCACAGAAUGUUGGGAGCCAGCAUGCGAGCCAUGGAAGCGGGAGUGAAGAUUCAGAGGUUGAUUCUAGUGAUGACAGUAGUCCCGAGGACGAGGGCUCAAGCAGGCGGCCAGAGAGCAUUGCAAGCGAAGGAGACAUAGAUGAGUUUGAGUCGGAGACUGAUUCUCCUCCGAAUGAAAGUAAGCUUACCGCCCGAAGGAAGAGUCACGGUGACAGUAUAAGGGGCCCACGGCUUUCAAAGAAGCCAGGUAGUGAAACAGAGACUAGAAUGCCGUCUAAAUCUCGAAAAAGGUCCUUAUUGACGCAACCAACUACCACCGUCUCCACAAGCAGCAUCCCCUCUGUGUUGUCCCCAGACUUGCUAUCUGAGAUGGAUUCGAGCCAAGGGUUGGGUUCACACCCCAAUUUCAAAGCAUCGCUAAAGCCAGAAUCCGAAGCCUCACCCUCUGCAAGCAGACCAAGCUCUCAGCAUGGAUUGGCUCUUAAAAGCCCCAUAAAGCCCGAGGCGCCAUCAUCAAGCAGCCAUAUUCAAUUUCUUGCCCCCCAACGUCCAGCGCUCUCUCGCCAUUCUUCAACCCCCAAAUUCUCCAGCAAACCAGUCCCAAUAACCAGAGUCUCGAGCGAUGACGGCCCUGGCCGUAGCAUAAUGUUCACCUACACUCCAUCUCCUCCAAGACGCGGCCAGAAUCCGCCCUCCGCCCACCGUUCCAACUCCGCGGUCGCGCCACCAGACACCGAGUUCUUCGUCGCUGAAAAUGACGACUCCCCAUCCAGUCAAGGAUCUCCAUAUUCCACACAGGCGCUGCCCAUUAGCUUCAACGACUUACCGUGUCGGGCGCAACAUUUGAUUCUGAAUGAGUUGAUGAGACAAGAGAGUCGUGAUACGGCGGUGGUAUUCACGACGUUACCUGGCCCCACUGAGGGGACCAGUCAGAGCGAGGAACAGAGCGCAGAUUAUUUGGCAGAUUUAGAACUCCUUUGCAAGGAGUUACCGCCAAUUUUGAUGGUUCAUAGUAAUAACAUGACUGUGACGAUGAGCCUGUGA